UCAAUCAUCCGAUUUUUUCUUGUCUUCCACGACGGACAUGGGGUAAUGCAUUCUUAUCGAAACGACAUGAGGCCGGGAGAUAUAAAGCCUUCACUCAGGUUACUCGUUUUUUUUUUUUUUUUCACAGCCUCUUUUCAUGGCGACUCCCACUACACUCUCGCGCGAAGGGACCAUCGCGGAGGCCCCUGUCUCCCUUGAAGGUGCUACUCCUUCAGCUACCCCACGGUCGAAGAAGGACAAAACCCAAAUACAGCUGACCGACCAGACCAACCUUCUUCCUUUCAAGAAAAUUGUCGCCGUAUUUUUUGGGCUGGGUCUUUGUGUCUUCGUCACUGCGCUUGACUCUGUCAGCGUAGCCACGUCUCUGUCCACCAUCAAUACUGCGUUCCAUGCGGGUUCUGUGAUCUCGUGGGUACCAUCGGCGUACAUGCUGGUGUCCACUGCUUUUCAGCCUCUGUAUGGACGGUUCAGCGAUAUUUUCGGGAGGAAGGCGGCGUUGACGAUGGCCAUGUCGGUAUUCAUGAUCGGAAACUUGGCUGCUGGGUUUUCGAAGAGCAUCAUCCAGCUCAUCGUGUUUAGAGGAUUUGCUGGCGCUGGAGGCGGGGGUAUUGUCAGCAUGAUGCAGAUCGUGGUGUCUGAUAUUGUGACCUUGAGGGAAAGGGGAAAGUAUCAAGGUAUCAUUCAAGGAGUCGUCGCGAUCGGAUACACCGUCGGUCCUAUCAUCGGAGGUGCUCUUUCCCAGAGCGUCGGUUGGAGGUGGUGCUUCUGGGUCACCAUUCCGAUCUCUUUCAUUGCUACGGGGAUUGUGGUCUUCAUCCUUCCCUUGAAGCCAGUACAAAGCGGUAUCAGAAGGAAACUCUUGUCUAUUGACUAUCUAGGCACUGCAUUGACGUUAACAUCCUGCACUCUCGUGAUGCUCCCUUUAAUUUGGGGUGGUGUCACAUUCCCAUGGUUGUCACCUGUCAUUCUGGCACCUUUGUUCUCGGGUUUCUUUCUCGCUUUCCUCUUCUGUAUCUGGGAGUGGAAAGGUGCACGUCUUCCUAUCGUUCCCAUGUACAUCUUCAAGCACAUGACAGUUUGUGGGGUGUACAUUACUAUGUUUAUGAAUGGUUUCGUCUUCUUCUCGUCAUUGUACUACUUGCCGCAGUUCUUCCAAGUCGUUCUCGCGUAUACACCAAUUCAUUCCGGCAUGUUCCUCAUACCGCUUCUCAUUGGUCAACUAUGUGCCAGCUUUGUUUCGGGCAUGAUGAUUAGUCGCACGGGUAAAUACAAGACUAUGAUUCACUCAGGUUUUGCGGUCUGGGCAAUCGGAUGCGGCUGUAUUUCGACCAUUAGCCAUAAGUCAAACCAAGGCGCGAUGGUCGUUUUCAUGCUGCUUUCGGGUGUUGGUGCUGGCCAGACUUUGCAACCGACAACAAUCGCUGCUCAGGCCAGCGUUCCGCGGAAGGACAUGUCCGUGGUCACUGUGUUCCGAAAUUUUGUACGAAACCUCGGAGGCACCCUGGCCUUGGCCAUAGGGUCGACAAUGAUCAACAACACCCUACGUAAAGCCAUGAACGACCUUUCUCUAUCUGAAUCGCUGAUCUCGACUAUCAUUGAUGAUCCUUCUUACCUUUCCAAGUCAACGUCGGAGACUGGACUUUCUGCCGCCACUGUUUCCUACAUCUUGAAUCAAGGGUAUACGAAAGGGUUCAAGGACGUUUUCUUUUUGAAUGCAUCUUUGACGGCCUUUGCGACACUGAUCAGCAUCGCGAUGAUCAAGGACAAAGAUUUGAGUCGAGACGAUGAUAGGCUGAAAGGUAAAGUCGAGAAGGAUGCUGUAGUCACACCAGACGCAGCUGCCGCAACCAGAGACGAUAUCGAGAUGGCUGGCUUGGACCGGGAUAAAGUAUAGAAAGGGAGGAUGAUGAUGGAUUGAGCCGGAAUAGUUGUAAUGCUAUAACCUAGAUAUUAGAAGCCUUUCAAAAUCUAUCACUGAACACACAUUCGGUCAAUGUACAAACCUUGC